ACUCCCUUUUCCGCCGCGGUACGUGUUGGAAGCCGACCUACUCGUCACACAGUGGCAGUGCUGGGCUGUGGUGUUGGUCGCUAGUCGCCACCGCACCCUGGACUAAGAAGGAAGGCCAAGGCAGGAAAGGAGAUGAGUCUGACGUGAGUGAAGCAUGACUGCACACGUACUACUGCCAACUACUUGACAUGAUUUUCCUACCGUAUUUGACUGCUACAGGUCGUGCCAGCAGGAUGCAGGCUGCGUGCAGGCUCUGAAUAUAAAUUGACAAAAUCUCUACAUCACUAAGACGACAAACUCUUGAAAACACGAAUAUUAAUCUCUGUUGCCUUGGAAAAUACUUCAAAAUAGUGGUGAGUGGUGACGAGAGAGUAAAGACUACGAGAUUCUGUAACGCGCUGUUGGAAAGUCAGAGUGUGGGAAGUAAACACAGCUGCUAAUGUCACCCGUGAGGCAGCCCACCAACCCCGCCACUUGAACCAAGUGCCCCCGCUUCCACUCCCACCGUGUUGUGCUUUGUGAUCACCUUGUUGCCUUGGGUGUAUCUACCUUUGACCUGCCCACCCUGCUGGCGGCGGCGGGCGUUCACUCCUCACACCAAGCUACGGUUCUCCGCCUCACCUGCGUCUUCCUGAAGAAGUGUGGAUAACUACCCCGCCUGUGAUCACCUCACAGGCCUCCACCAGGGCUCAUAGGAUCUGUGGGAUCGUCGAAGCCCGAAAACAACAACAACACAACUUGAACCAUGGACAGCAAGGAUAAGGACCACAUCUUGAGCCUGAAAGUGAUGCGGCUCACCAGACCCUCCCUCUUCACGGGUCUGUCUGUUGGCUGUGAUGCACGUGACCUGCCUGGUGAACACCUCAAUGCUGAUGUGCGGGCUGACAUUGCCAUUCCACAGGGGCUGCCCAACACUGGUGUGGGACACAUGCUGCUCCUGCCUCAGAGCUUUGGAAACAUAUACUUAGGCGAGACAUUUUCCUGCUGCCUGUGUGUUCACAAUGACGGGAAGGACACAGUGCGGGAAGUGUCCAUCAAGGCUGUGCUGCAGAUGAGCAACCAAAGAGUGCCUCUGCUGGGGGAGGACGACAAUGAGAUGCUGCACCAGCUGGAGGGCAAUGAAACCAUCAAUGAGGUCAUCCAGCAUGAAGUGAAGGACAUUGGGACUCACAUACUGGUGUGUGCUGUGAGCUACUUGUCGGCCUCAGGGGAUCGGCUUAGCUUCCGCAAGUUCUUCAAGUUCCAGGUGAUGAAGCCGCUUGAUGUGAAGACCAAGUUUUACAACGCUGAGGACUUUAUUUCAGAUGAAGUGUAUCUGGAGGCUGGGGUGCAAAACAUUACCUCAGGGCCACUCUGUUUGGAGAAGGUGGAGCUGGAGCCAUCGCCUUACUUCUCAGUGACACCAAUGAACAAAGUUUUACCAGACUCUAACACACUGGUGUUUGGAAGAAUGAAUGUUGUUAACCCACAUGACACAAGACAGUACCUGUACUGCCUCAAGCCGAGGGCGGAGGCACGUUCCAACCCUGCAGCGCUGCGGCAGGCAACCUCCAUCGGCAAACUGGACAUUGUGUGGCGCACCAACAUGGGUGACCGAGGCAGACUUCAGACCAGCCAGCUGCAGAGGAUGACGCCUCAGUAUGGGGACGUGAGAGUGACGGUGGAGCGUAUCCCCAGUGUGGUGAGGCUAGAGGAACAGUUUGAAGUCUGCCUCUCCAUUACUAAUAUAUGUGAGCGGACCCUAGAGUUACACCUAGAGUUCCUGGGUGGUGGUGGAGGGUCUGUGUGGAGUGGAGUUAGCAGUCGGUCACUUCCUUCCCUCCAGCCUGGGCAGUCAGUCAGCCUGAGUCUACCCUUGGUGCCCCUACAGACUGGACUUCAGACCAUCGCUGGGAUCCGCCUGACAGACACAUUCCUCAAGCGAGCCUACAACUAUGAAAAUCUUGCCCAAGUGUUCAUAACCAACGAAAAGUCCAAGGAGCAAGAGGAAUUCUUCUCCAAAUGGGUGAAUGACUCCACCUAAUAGCAUCUGUGUAGGGGGGCUCCUGGUGCUCCCCAACCUUCCCUCCCUCCCAUGUAUAUUGUUUAUCUGUAUGUACUGUAUGUAAAAUGUUGGAGUAAACAUAUCUAUUCUUUGUUGACAAUAAUG